ACAGACAUCACUGCAAAGCGGCUUCGAAGACCAGCUGCCGAAGGAGACAUCGAGGCCUACCUGACGGGCGAGACAGAAGGCGACUUCCGCUCCACCGCCACCCAACUCAAGUCUGUGUGGACGGAGGCUCGCAAGGCGUCUCGCCGGCUUGGGGUAAGCUGGGAGCUCCGACCAGAUGGAGCCCGGAUCGCCUUCGGGGAGACCUCGCUGUCUCCAAAGCACCGCCACAAGGUAAUUCGCACGCUGCGGGAGGUCCUGAUGGCAGAGAAGAACGCAGCCCUCCAACAGAAACCAAGCCAGGGCAAGGCAAUGGAAUGCGUAGCAGCUGACCGGACCAGCUCACACUUCAUCCGAUCCGGUCAGUUCACACGAUUUGCAGACUGGCGAUUCAUCCAUCGGGCGCGACUGAACCUCCUACCCCUCAACGGUGCUCGACCCUGGGCUGCAGCAGUGGACCAACGGUGCAGGACAUGCGGCUACCAGCAGGAAACACUGCCGCAUGUCGUCUGCCAUUGCAUGCCCCGAAGCCGUGACAUCACCGAGCGCCAUAACAAGAUUGUGCGACGAAUCAAGGCCGCAGCUACGAGCCGCUUCACAGUCACCCACGAAGACCAGUCGGUGGGAGACACAGGCUUGCGACCCGACCUCGUGUUGGUAAGAGGGGAGGAGGCCAUAGUCCUUGAUGUCUGCUGCCCAUUCGAAAACAGACGGGUGGCCAUGCAAGAGGCGAGGGCGAAGAAAAUUGAGAAAUAUGCGCCUGUUCGGGAGCUCCUUCGGCGACGCUUCCAACGAGUCACGGUGGAGGCCGUGGUUGUGGGGGCGCUCGGCGCCUGGGACCCGGACAACGACAAAAUCCUGCGCCGACUGUGCAGCCGCUCAUACUUGCGGCUGAUGAAAAAGCUAAUAGUGAGUGAGACAAUUGCCAAGUCAAGAGACAUUUAUGUGGCGCAUGUUGGGGGGGAGUGACCUCAACCCGCAACACCCUCACCUGCCUUUCUCCUCACAUAACUCUUUUUUCUAUUACCCCUUUUUUUCCUCUAACUUACCAAAAUUAAGCAAUCACCGAUGGAAACCCUGUAUCUAUGUAAUUAGCAUCAAUAAAAAAUCUGUUCUUAUCAGCUUAAUAUCUGAUACGGGUCCUAUUUGGACCCAAGAUAUUAAUCUUAUUUUUGGAAUGCGGCGUAGUGCUUGAGGUUUACCUCACCUAUGCCACGGGUUGGCCCGGUAUUGCACUGCCUCCGGGAUCGGCCCAC